AUGUCUCCCUAUAGGUUGGUAUUUGGUAAGCCGUGUCAUCUUCCAGUAGAGUUCGAGCAUAAAGCAUUUUGGGCAGUUAAGCAAUGCAAUAUGGAUAUUGAGGAGGGCGGAAUCCACAGGAAGUUACAAUUACAGGAGUUGGAGGAGAUUCGCAAUGAAGCUUAUGAGAAUGCGUUAUUUCCAGGUAAAUUACGUUCUCGUUGGAUUGGCCCUUUUGUUGUGACUAAUGUCUUCCAUUAUGGUGCAGUCGAGAUCCAAAGUUUGAAAGCUGAGAAGAAAUUUGUAGUGAAUGGUCAUCGUCUCAAACCGUAUUAUGAAGGGGCUCCAACUGAACGGGUGGAGGUGAUGCACUUGGAGGAUCCUACUUGCUUAGUUUAA